AGUUUUUGCUUCCUCAUUUCUCCCAUGGCGAUCAUGCUCCGCUCCUUGUUGCUUUUUCUUUUGAUCUCUCUUAUUGUUUCUUUCGGUUUUGCUGAGACCCGUUUUACGGAGAUCCGAUCCGAUUCCCGCCCCAUUAUCCCACUUGACGAGUUCAGGUUCACUGACUCCGGCGUCCUCGUGCUCAGCGUCUCGCAGGUCACUCUAUCGAACAAGAAUCCGGACCUCGACUUGGCCAAAGUCGGGUUCUUCCUCUCCACGCGUGACGCGUGGAUACACGUGCUUCAACAACUCGCCGACGAUGAUAUCUCGUGCGUUCUAGAAUCCGGUCUCGUGAAGCUCAUCUAUGACUUCAAGUCUCUCAAAUGGGAAUCGAAUAUGUACACCGAUUUUCGAAUAAACAAUGCCGAUCGAUACACGCUCGUCUUUGCAAAUUGUCUUAAUCAAGUCAGUGUAUCAAUGACCGUCCGAUCGACAAUGUUAAAUCUCGAGGGAAAGAACAACAGUCCGGAUUAUCUCUCCGCCGACGAAACAAUGCUCCCGAGCGUUUAUUUCCUUUCGUCCCUCGUUUACUUCACCCUCGCCGGGAUUUGGAUUCACAUCAUUUGCAGAAGACGAUUCACUGUUUCUCGAAUCCAUUUCUUCAUGCUGGCCAUGGUUAUUUUAAAAGCCCUCAAUCUCAUUUCCCAAGCAGAGAAUAAAUCUCACAUCAAACGAACAGGAAUCGUCGAUGAUUGUUGGAAUAUUCCGUUUCAAAUUAUCAGUUUCCUGAAAGGGAUCAUGUUUUUCACCUUGCUCGUUUCGAUCGGCACCGGUUGGUCGCUCCUAAAACCUUACUUGCAACACAAGGUAAACAGGGUUUUAAUGAUUGUGAUUCCACUCCAGGUUGUUGCCAAUAUCGCCCAAGUUUUUUCCGAUAAGGCUCCUCCUUUCAGCCCAUAUAAGGUCACAUGGAACACGACGAUCCUGUUCGUCGAUAUUGUUUCCUAUUGCACCGUGUUUUUACAUAUUGUCCGGUGGAUCAAGAACCUCCGCGAGGUGGCUCAGACGGAUGAGAAAGCCGCAACUUACUUGAUGAAGUUGACACAGUUAAGGCAGUAUUACAUCGUGGUCAUCUGUUAUGUUUACUUAACUUAUGUAGCCGUCGUUGCUCUGUCCACAAUUACUUCGUUCGAGUAUCCAUGGACUGAUGCGGUGCUCGGGGAGUUGGCCACGGUCGCAUUCUAUGUGUUUACCGCUUAUAAAUUCAUGCCGGAGGUGAAUAACUCGUAUUUCGCGAUCGAUGACGAAGAAAAUGAUGUUGGUGCAGACCUGUUGAAGGUUGAAGAUAAUGAGGAAACAAAUGGGGAAUGAAUGCAAAAAUGGAUAACAAAUCAAACUUGUG